AUGCGAUUUAGAAGAGGAUUUCGACGAAGAUUUUAUGACCCCUUCAAUGCUUACUCUUAUUCAAGGCCAUAACCUCAGUACAAAGUAGUAAAAGAUCAAGAAGUUGGUUAAGUCGUACUGCUUGAUUCUGAUUGUGAAAUAGACGAAGAAUGCGACAAAGAGGGAAAUGAUUAAAACUUUAAUAAUUAAGAUCAAGAUUUUGUGGAUUUAGAUGACUAAGCUGAAGGUUUUGCCGAAGAUUAUGAAAAUGAUAAUUUUACCUAUCAAAAUCAUCCAACUAAUGAGGACAUGUUUUACAAUGAUGAUUAAGAUCAAUACUAUAUGCAGGAGCAAUUUAGUUGUAAUCCUGGAUUUAGUGGAGGGGAGCCAAGGGAUGAGGAAAUUUAAUUAAUAGACGAUGAUGAUGAAGAAGAUUUCGACAAAGAGAAUCCUAAUGAGGAGGUAUUGAAUCAAAAUAAUGAACAAAACUAGUAAUAAGUUUUUGAAAAUCCAAGAUAAGAUGAUAUUGAAAUUAAUAAUGCUGAUGAUUAGCUUAAUAUAAUUGAUGAUGAUUAAAUAGAAGAAGAUGAAUAUGAGGAAAACGAGUUGAUAAUAGAAUAAAAUGAUGAGGAGGAAGUAGAAGAAGAAGAAAAUAAUCAAUUAGAUAGAAAUAUAGAGCAGUUGUAAGAUGAUAAACAAGAGAGUGCUGAAAUGAAGGAACUGGAACCUCAAGAUUAAGAUAAUGAUAACUGCUGCAUGAUUGUAGAAGAGGAAUAGGAAUAAGAAUAACACAUAUCAUAGCCAGAAACCCAUUAAGAGGAACAAUAGAUUGAAGCAUAAGCGUAAUAAUAAUAGAUUGAAGCAAAAGCGUAAGCUUAAGUUGAAAUCCCUUUCGUUUUAGAAAAUGAGAUUAAAAUGAAUGAUCAAACCAUAUAAAGUAAAACUCAAAAAUCAGCUGACCAUGAAAUCUUGAUAUAAGAUGAAUCGAUUGAAGAAAAACCAACCAAAUUGAAGCAAAAUUUCCUUUAAUGGAGUGAUAAAGCAACUGAUCUAAAGCACAAUAAUAAGUAAAAUAAGGGAGUCAAAGCAUAAGAAUAAAAUCAUUAAUAUCAAUAAAAGAAUCCAGAGGAUUUAAGACCUACCUCAGCAAAUGGUUAUGAUCCAAUUAAUGAUGCUCCUUUUUACAGAGGACAGGCAAUCCCAUUUAGUUUCCUAACUAAUUCUCUUUGUGAAAUAGAAUAAUGCAAAGGGAAAAGAAGUACUCAGUAAAUAAAGGAUAUCAUUAGCAAUGUAUUUAGAACCACACUACUUCUAUGCCCUGAGGAACUACCAGAUAUGUUUUACUUUUUCUGCAUCAAAUUAGGACCAGAUUAUGAGUCUAAUGAGACAGGCAUAGGCUUAGAGUUACUAUCAAAUUCAGUAGCUAAGGCAUGUGGAAAAUCUGUUAAACAAAUUAGAGAAUAGUACAAAAUUGAUGGAGAUUAUGGGAUAGUUGUAGAGAAGGGAAAAGGAGCUCAAAAAUCUCUAGGUAAUUUUUUCAAGAAAUAAGAAACUACCAAGGCUAAACCCUUGACAUUUAGAAAAGUUUAUGAGUCAUUUCAAAAAAUAUCCAAGUGUAGUGGCAACAAUUCAUAGUCAGAAAAAGAAACCAUUAUACUAAAGCUGCUCUAAGAAGCAACAAAUGAAGAGGCUAAGUAUAUAGUAAGAUGGCUUUAAAAAAAUUUGAAGACAGGUGCUGCUGAGAAAACUUAUUUAGCUGCAUUGGCAAGAUCAAUCGCAUACACUCCUCCUAACACUAAACCUAUGAUAGUAAAUGCUAGGAUAGGGAUGCAAGAUUACUAAUUCUAUUAGAAAUGUGACUACUUGGAACAUGGGAUAAAUGAAGCUAUCUGUGAAUUUCCAAAUCACGGUGAAGUUAUAAAGGUUUUACUUUAAGUGGGUGAUGAUAUGGCAAAACUAAAAUAAUAAUGCCAUAUAAGAAUUGGAAUUCCAGUUAAGCCUAUGCUUGCUAAGCCUACUAAAGGUAUAAGAGAAGUCUUAGAUAGAUUUGAACAGUAGAAAUUUACUUGUGAGUACAAAUAUGAUGGCUUUAGAGGAUAGAUUCAUUUCGAUAGAUCCAAUCUUGACAAGCAAGUUAUGAUUUACUCAAGAAAUUUAGAAAGUAUGACUCAUCAGUACCCAGAUGUUGUCGAGUUUAUAAAACGUACUGCUUCUAUUGAGUUAGACACAUUUAUACUAGACUCUGAGCUAGUUGCUUUUGACACUAUUAAUAAUAGGAUACUUCCAUUCCAAGUCUUGACACAAAGAAGUCGUAAGAAUGUAACUGAAGAGGACUUAAAGACUAAGAUAUGUGUUUGUGCUUUUGAUCUAUUAUAUUUAAAUGGAAAAUCUUUACUUAAAGAAAAUUUCACUACGCGUCGAUCCUUAAUGCACUAUCACUUUAAAGAGAAAGAGCACAGUUUAAUAUUUGCAAAGUAUAAGGAUGCUGAAGCUGUGGAAUCAAUAGAGGAAUUCCUUCAAGAGUCAAUAAAGGAUUCUUGUGAAGGACUCAUGGUCAAAACACUAGAAAGCAAUGCCACCUACGAGCCAUCUAAAAGAUCUCUAAAUUGGCUUAAGCUCAAAAAAGAUUAUCUUGACUCAGGCUUUGGGGAUUCUUUAGACUUGGUUGUUGUGGGAGCUGAUUUUGGAAAGGGUAAGAGGGCUGGUCUCUAUGGCUCUUUCUUGAUGGCAUGCUUUGAUGACAAUCUUGAGAUGCUUUAAACCAUAACAAUGAUGGCAAGUGGGAUUACAGAUGACUAAAUGUAUCUAUUUCAUGAAAUGCUUUAGAAGACAGAAAUCUCAAGGCCCCCAACCAAUCUGAAGUAUAAAGAUAAAAGUGUGGAUGUUUGGUUCUAGCCUAGAUACGUGUGGGAAGUUAAAUGCGCUGAUCUAUCUUUAAGUCCAGUUUAUUGUGCUUCCCUAGGCUCAAUUGAGUCAAAUAGAGGUAUAGCGCUGAGAUUUCCAAGAUUUAUAAGAGAAAGACCAGACAAAAACAUUGAGGAUGCCACAAGCAGCAAUCAGAUCUUAGAAUACUUUAAAAGUUAACCUCAGCAUCUUAAUAAAGAAGCAGAGGAAGAAGAAUUUGAGUUUUGA